AUGGAGAAUUUACCCUCGUCCUCGCAAAAAAGAUCACUGCCGGAAGACUCGAUUCUCUCUUCACCUGAAGCCUCCCUUCCGUUACAGGAUCACCAGACGAAACGUCUGAGACGCACAUUACCGCCAAUAUCUGCAACUCUUUCUCAACCAGCCUCCACACCCUUCUCGAACUCCUUUCAAUUGCCCAUUCCUCCAACCUUGCUAGAUCCAAACCCUUCCAGCUUGUCACUUCCGCCGAUCUCUGCCACUGAUUCACCGGUCAUGCCUAUUCCUUCUCCGAGAUCACUCGCUGGUCAACAUCAAGAACUUCCUCCCAUCGAUACAUUAGGUCCUUUGCCACCAAUUCCACAUUUGACGUCUACCUACAAUUCGAUGUCGAUAUCAUCAAUUCUUUCGAAUAGUGAUCAUGAUCCGUUCAUUAGGAAACUUGAUAUGAAUAUCAAGGAGAUGGAUGUGGGGAACUCCACCAAUAUAAUGAAUCGAUCUCAAAAUCAGCUAGAUUUUCAAAAUCAUACUUCUUCCAUACUAAGUGUUGAUAUUUCUGCCGACGAAAGCGCACGUAAAAUAGAUGUUGUAAAUAGAGUUAGGGGAGAAGCCGAUGGUUUUGAUGAAGACGCGGACGGGCGAGAUAAUAAGCUUUCCUUGAAUCGUUCACUUUUCGAAAGCUUAAACUUACAAAGAGAAACACAUUUGAUAGUUAAGAAUGAUGACACGCUCAACAUGGAGGGUCGAGAAGAACGUCAUUUAGGCCAUCUCAUUUAUAAUCCUAAAGAAAUACUUCCACCCCUAGAAUUCCAUGAAAAUGGAUUAUUGGAAAUUUGGAUCCCGUCCAAACAUUUGACAUGGGAAAACAUGAAGGUCAGAAAUCGAUUUUUAUGGGGAACAGAUGUGUACACCGACGACUCUGAUAUAGUUGCAGUACUCAUACACACUGGACUUUACAAUCCGCUCCCUCCACCCCCAAAGUCUAAAUGGUCACUUAAUCACCCGGAUCAUGAUCUGUGUGUUACCAUUCGCGUUUUGCCAAAAUUGGUUCAAUACACUGCAACUACACGUAAUAAAUAUCAGAGUCGAUCCUGGGGAAAUCAUCAUGGAGUUAGUUAUAAAAUCGAAAAAGUCUGUGAGAUGAAGAACGGAGAAGCAAUUGGGAGGUCCAUAGGGAAAGGCAGAAAAGAACGUCUUCGAAAGUUUCAUCAAAUGAGGAAGCGUGCGUUCGAAGAAACGGAAUACAGUCAAAAUGAUGACUCCAUCCUGGUUUUUAAUAAUGAGGGUGAUCCCUGCUAUAAAUAUAAUCCUUUGAUGAUGACAAAUGACGAACAAAUAAAGGAACGACUCCGAAUGGAAGUGAUGUAUUUGGAAAAUGAUGAUGAGAGGUACGAGAUAUCCUACGAUGAAGCUAGUGAUAAGUACCGGUUUGCCAUUGUGUUGUCCACCACGCAUUUGGGACUUUCGGCUGCACUGAAAGAUCAAGUGACGACGAGCGUAAGUCUUCCUAGCUUCCCUCUGACCGAAUCACAUCUAGAAGUCUUUCGUGAUGAUUUAGACUUUAACGAAAUGGCGUGGAAUAUUGUGGGCGUCAUUGUUGCUGAUAAAACAAAUCCGUUACACAGUUUGCUUUGCAUAUCCAAACGGGUAUUUUGGCGUCGUCGAACAUUGCCAUAG